AUGAAAGUAUUAGACUUCGAAAGAAGACUGAAGGAUAAUUGCGAACUGAAAAACAAACUGAUUCAACGUAUAAAAGCACAACCCCAUGACGAUAUAAGGAAAUUUGUUCAAGAAAAUCUAAAACUAGUUUUCCAGACGGACGAAAUUAUCACACGAUUUUCAUGGAAUAGUGCCAACAGAAAUAUACCUGUAAAAGAUAUGCAUUACAUCAAGCUUAUAAGAGAUACAGCAAUAGAUCAUAUCCCGGGCACUGCUGCAAGUACGAUAGAAUUUCAUAUUAAGAAUUUCUUUAAUUCGGCUAAAGACCGCCAAAACAAACGAAAAAGAAAAGCAGAAUCGAAAAAAUCUCAAUCGGACAAAUCUGAAUCGGAAAAAUCUGAAUCGUAAAAAAUUUAAAUAGUCCUGUGUAUUAUAUUGUUUUUAUUAUACAGGGACUCAAAAAAUUAAUUGUACACUUCUAAUAUUUGAAAAUAAACUUCAAAAAAAUACUAGGGGUGUACGGAUUUUUUUUUUGGUCACUGUACACGACACAAAUUAUUGAAAGACUGAAUUAAUUUUAUUUUUAUUUUAAAAAGAUACAUUGAAUUACAAAAAUUAUAUAUGUAUAUAAUAACAACAAAUAAUUGAAUUAUCUGUUAUCUGUUCAACUAAUAAAUAUAAAUAAUAUAAAUAAUAAUAAAUUGUUUGUUUUUUAAAUAAA